UCGAAAGAAAGUGCCAAUCAUCCCUCUGAAUAUUUAUUGGUGAAUUUUUAGAACUUUAUCGUUACAUUUUUAGAAAUUUCUUGUUGAAUUUUUGUCAUUCGUGUUAGAGUUAUUUAGAUUUGUAAGAUUUUUAAGAUGGCACAAAGCAUGGAUUCCAUUAAGCUGGAAUGGGAUCGCUUGCCCAGAGAGGAUGUUGAGGCAGAAUGCAAAUUUCGUGGCAUAGAGGGCGAAAGUUUGUCUAUUCUGCGCGAUAAUUUAAAGAGCGCGAUUGAGAAUGAAGCGGCCGCAGCUGCUGCUCCUCUGAAGGUAGUAGGCAAAGAGGCAGUAGAUGCAGAAGCUAAAUCAUUAGCUGAGUAUUUAGUUUCGGUGAAACAAGCAGUCAAAUUGUGUUGCGAAUCGAAAAAAUCAAGUGAGGCACGGAAGCUGAGAUCGAGAAUCGCGUAUGCUUUCAUGCGUAUGCAGCGCAUCGAGCUGUAUGACGACAGGUUAGCCGACUCGAUUACGAAGCUGAAGGUCCAUUUGCAACAGAGUUUUGACUGGUUGCGAAGCGGAAUAUUAGAUACUGAGGAGCCCAGCACGAGUAACGCAAAAUCGCUUUUAGAGACAUUAAAUGAUUCAUUUGAGCAGCUAGAUCAAAUUGGUGCACCGAGCGAUUUUGGGUUCGCAGCUGCAGCGCACGGGCCGCAAAUGCAAUACUUUGUUCCCGUGUCGCAUGAUCAAAUUCUAAAUCAAGCGUCGUUAGAGAGUCGUCAAAAUAGCGGCGUCUUAUUGGUGCCAAAUUGUAACUCGAAGCGGAGGAUUUACACAAGGGAUUGGAAAGUGACAUUUUCGGGCGAGCAGUCCAGUAAAAGGUCACUGGCUAGUUUCUUGCGGGAAAUCGAACUUAAGCGAAAAGAGAGCAAUUUGACAGACUCCGAGUUUUGGGACACUGCCCAUCAUUUAUUUGAGGGUAGGGCGAAGGCUUGGUUUCUCAUGAACCACAAGAAGUGGCACUCGUGGGUGGAAUUUGAGCCGCAUCUGAUUGCAAAUUUUAAACCUCCAGAUUAUGAUGACCGGUUAUGGGAUCAAUUGCGUUCGCGCAGGCAAGCCCGCGACGAAAGGCUUAAUUUGUUUUGUUCGGAAAUGGAGACAUUGUUUUCCCUGCUUAGCAAUCCUCCAUCCGAGCGGGAAAAAUUGGAAUUCGUAAGAAAGCGAUUGGCCCCAUAUUGGUUGCAAAAUCUGCCCUGGGGGGAAAUUCACAGUUUAGAUGAUUUGCAAGGAAGGGGUUUGAAUUUGGAAUCAGUGAAGCACUUGAUUGACAAAUAUAAAGAUCCGCAGGCGCAGGAAGAUCCUGUUGAGCCAGAAUUUGCGUAUAGAGUUAGUGAGAAAGCGGACAAGAAAGAUGAGAAAGGGAAAGUCAGUGUGGCAGAAUUGUGUUGUGUUGGUCACACGCCUGGUGAGAUUUGCUGUGCUGCACUUUCAUACCGAAAUGCAGGCGCGGGCGCUCGUUCAGGUGUUCGGCCGGCGCACGACAAUUCGCAGCGUGCAAAUGCGCAUUUUUCUGCUCGCGCGCGGCAGCAGAAUGUGGGCAGUAGUGUUUCUAAUGGGCAAACUUUGAUUCACGCGCCACAGGGAAAUGCAUCGCAGCAGUCAAAUCUCGCUGUUGCGGCCAAGGUGUGUUGGAACUGUUUCCAGCAGGGACACAGUUUCAGAAAUUGCGCACAGCCGCGCAGGGGAGCUUUCUGCUGGGGAUGUGGGAAAGACGGGAUCGUGCGUAAAAAUUGUAUUUCUUGCACGAAUUCAAAAAACCCGUCGGGGGUCGCUCGUCCGGUAGCGCAAAGCGACAGCAAACCCCAAAAUGUGAGUCAAGUGCAAGGCGCUCAAACAAAUCUUGGCAAAGGCACAUCUGGAAACUAAGAACUGAUUAUGUUCGCGAAAAAUUAGGCGGAAUUUUACUGAAAUGUAAAGGGGAUACGCUGAGCGAGAGUAGCGACGAACUGGAGGUGGACAAAUUUGAUAAUAGAUUAUUUUUGCGCGUAAAAAUAUUGGAUAAUCCAGUUGUUGGUUUACUUGAUUGCGGCGCUUCUGUUUGCAUUUUAGGCAGGUUAGGCAAAGAGCUCAUUGAUAGAUUAGGCAUUAAAAUUCAAAAUUGUUGUGUUUCUCAAGUAGAGUUAGCUGAUAAAUCUUGCCAGCCUGUGUUAGGUCAAGUAGAUUUGCCGAUUACGCUGUCAGACCAGAAUUUCAUAAUUAAGUCAUUAGUUGUGCCAUCAAUUGAAACUAGUCUAAUUUUGGGUCUGAAUUUUUGGUUUGAGACUAAAUUUGUGCCAGACGUGAGCUCAGGUCAAUAUAUUUUGGGUGGCAAUUCAACCUCCUGCGAUAGGGACAAUGUGAUGCCAAAAAUUAGUUUAAUUUCAGACUCUUUGCAGAACGAUUUUGAAAAUUUUAUUGCUCGCAUAAAGGCUGAUUUUCCUAAAAAUUUUGGUCGAUGCAAUUUCACACAACAUCACAUUGAGACAGGUGCAGCAUCUCCUGUCAAGAGUAAACAAUUUUAUUUGCCCCCAAAAUCAUUAGACAUUUUGCACAAAGAGGUUGAUAAGAUGCUUGAGUUAGGCGUGAUUGAGCCAUGUGUCAGUCCAUGGUCAUCACCGGUUUUCCUUGUUAUGGAUCCGGACAAGAAGAAAGAACCAAGAUUUGUUAUUGAUAUGAGAGAAGUUAAUAAAGUAACGGAAACGGAUGCGUAUGGAGUGCCAUUAAUUGCGAAUAUUAUUGAUAAUCUCGCUAAUUUUAAGUACUUGUCCACUAUUGAUUUAAAGAAAAGCUAUUGGCAAAUUGGGUUAGAUGAGGAGAGCAAAGCCAAAACUGCAUUUUUCGUGCCAGGCAGAGGACAGUUGCAAUUUACUGUAAUUCCGUUUGGUGCGAAGAAUAGCGGCCCAGGAUUUGUUCGCGUCAUUGAUCGAAUUGUUCAUAGUUCUUGGAUUGCGAAAUAUGUACACACGUAUAUUGACGAUUGUUUCAUCGCAACGCCAAGCUACGAGUUACAUAAAGAUGUCAUUCAAGAAUUUUUGCGACUGUUAAAGAAUGCGGGAAUGACUCCAAAUUGGGAGAAAAGCAAAUUUCUGAGGGAAUCCAUAAAAAUUCUCGGCUAUAUCCUAGACCAAAAUGGAUUGCGGACCGAUCCGGAGAAAGUCGCAUCAAUUUUGAAUUUGGCACGUCCGAAAAAUGAAAAGGGAGUAAGACAAUUUGUUGGCGUAAUGUCUUACUACCGCCGCCUGUUUCCCAAGUUGAGUGAGAUUAUUGAGCCAAUAGUGCGACUCACUCGUAAGAAAAUUCCGUUCAUGUGGGGAGAAGAGCAAGAAAACGCAUGGAUAAAGAGUAAAAAUAUACUCGCAUCUGAUCUUGUGGUUCGUUUGCCAGAUUUCAAUAAGCCGUUUAUUCUUUCAACUGAUGCUUCAGAUUACGGUAUUUCAGGCGUAUUGUCUCAAAUUUUUGAUGAUGGCGAGAGACCAAUUUAUUAUGUUAGCCGCUUGCUAACAGAUGCCGAGAAAAAUUACCCCACAAUGCAGAAAGAGGCUUUAGCUGUAAUUUGGUCAAUUGAGAAGCUUGAAGGUUACUUGUCAUAUAAUAAGUUUUUGAUUGUGACGGACAAUAAGCCUCUGAAAUUUAUUCAGGACCUUAAAAAGCCUAAAGGUCGCCUAGCCAAUUGGAAGUUCAAAUUGCAACAGUUUGAUUUUGAAAUUAUGCAUAAGCCAGGAAAAUUGAACGUCGUUCCAGAUUUACUUUCACGUUCUUUUGCUGAUAACGUUAAAGUGGCGCAGUUAAAUAUUAGAAGUCCAAUAAAUGACCGGUGGUAUGUGAAUCUCAUGAAUGCAGUGCAGCAGAAUCCAAGUAAAUUCCCUUUGUUUAAAGUCGUGCAAGACAGACUGUACAAAAUAGUUAAAUCGUGGAAUCCGAUAGAGGACGCGUGUUACAAAUUAGUCGUGCCAAAAUCUACACGUAACGAAAUAAUGCAGAAAAUGCACAAUCCACCCGAGGCAGGUCAUUUUGGUUUUUUCAAGACGUUCAAUAGAAUUAGCGAGCAGUAUUAUUGGCCGAAAAUGAAAGCUGACAUUUCCAAAUUUGUAGCAAAUUGUCACCAAUGUCUGGCGCAAAAGCCUUGUCAGUCUGCAAGUGCAGGAUUAAUGAAUUCACGCGUGGUGGAUCGCCCCUGGCAAGUUGUUUGCACAGACUUGGUUGGUCCAUUUCCAAGAAGCCUUAAAGGUUUUACUUAUGUUUUGUCUUUAGUAGAUUUUUUCACUAAAUUUGUCAUGCUGUUCCCUUUGAAAGACGCCACAGCGAAAUCAGUUUGUAACGCUAUUGAGUCAGCUAUUCAGCAAUAUGGUGCACCAGAAUUAUUAGUACAAGAUAAUGCUAAAAUAUAUCACAGCUCAACAUUUAAAGAUAUGGCUAGAAAAUACAAUGCUAGGUUACAGUACACUCCUCGUUAUCAUCCCGCGGCAAAUCCGUCGGAGCGCACGAAUAGAGUGUUUGAGACGAUUUUACGUUGUUACAUAAGCGAUAACCAGAAGGAAUGGUGCCGCAACUUGCCUCAAAUUGCGUUUGCUAUUAAUUCUGCAGUUCAUGAAACAACGCGAUAUUCGCCUUAUUUCCUUUUUAUGGCGCGACAGCCAACCUUUGAUGGCUCAGUAGCAAUUAAAGAGUGUGAUUUUUCAGCGCCUAAUUUAAUUGAAAAUUACGCAGCUAGAUUUCCAAAGUUAAAGAAAAUUCAUGAAUUGGUUAAGGUUAAAAUGUUUGAAGCUAGCCAGAAAAAUAAACGCCAUUACGAUUUGCGUCGUCGUCCUUCUGAUUUCAAAAUAGGAGAUUUAGUAAUGAAAAAGAAUUACGCCCUAUCAAAGAAGGGUGCUGGAAUUACUGCCAAACUUUUGCCAUAUUUUGUUGGUCCGUAUUUGCUUCAAAGACAAGUGGCAGAUAAUAUUUUCAAGUUAGUUGAUCCAUCUAAUCAUUCUGUUAGUUUUGGAGAAUUUCAUGUGAAGGACUUAAAACACGCAGGCCAAAGACAAUAAUUUUUCCUUCUGAAAAAUUAUUCUUUCGGGGAGGGGAGUAUAACGAUAUGUGGUAAAUUAAAUAAUGAUUGUGAUUCCCAUAUCCCCUGUCCCUAUAUUUUUUUUUAAUAAAUCGCGCCGCGCGUACAACGAGUGUAAAACAGUGCGUGCAGAGUGCAACAAGAAGGAGAAGACUCCCACACCUGAGCUGCGCGCGAAAUAGGUCUACCACGAGGGGAAAGGUUGCGACCUCUCGCACGAAAGUCAGUCAGUCGCCCAAUAACCUUUGUCCGCCGACCUUCUUGAUGGUUUCGACAGAAGGUCUCGGCAAAUGUUUCGUCCGUAGGCAGGACGGAUUUAACAGAAGCUCGGUCACGAGUGAAGUAGCCCUGGUGGGCUCCUUCGUUACCCCUGGUGCAGCCCCGUCUUUUGGUGGUCCGUUUCAGACGUUUAGGCUGGCACCUCCCCAUCCUGAAGUGGUCGGCAAACAACACCUUGCCUGGACCCUUCGUGUGUAGCAGCUCCCUUCAUCUUGCGCGACUACGGCACGGGAGACGUCCUCGGUUUGAGCGUCACCGUUCGUCGUCGUCGGCGCCGUCAUCGACUCCUUCUUCACCCAUCGUAUAGAUCGUCAAACGUUAAGUACAAUAUCAGACUCGUGUGCGCGCGUAUUUUUCCGUAUCUUCCGAUUCCGAAUAUUUUUUUCAUUGAUAGGCCUAUUCCCCAAUUAUUGUAAACCCCAAAUUGUUCUAUAUCACAAUUAUUAUUAAAUUACCAUUAUCUCGUUACAUUAUCAAUAUUCUAUUUAAUAAUAACUAUUCUACAAUUUAAUUGUUUAAUGUUUAAUUUAUCCGUAUACACCAGCAACACUUUAACUUCAUUUUAAAGGUCGAAUUUCCACGAACUGAGAGUUGAGCUAAUUUGAGUCCGGAGUUUGUUAGCUUAGUAGAUUUUGAAUAAUAGCGACUUUUGUGUC